AAGAUUCUGGGGUGAGGUUUCCUGCUUCUUGCAGAGCGUUUCUCACUGCAAGCUGUCCCUCCUGCUUCCGGCCAAAGGAGCGAACAGCUCAGGAGGCCAGCCAAGAGGCUCCCCCCAUCAGACAUCCCUGGAGUGUGGUUCCUCCUGGUGUGUUGCGUCCUCUCUCUCUCUCUAGCUCUGUGUGUGUCUCGAGAAAGAACUGCGGAGAGGAAGAGAUGGGGGAGCUCCGUGUACUGAGCUGGGUUCCUAGAGAUGACAGGAAAGAAAGGGGGCUGGUCCUCCCGAGCAAAAGCCCCCCCCCCUCCCGGCCUCUUCCUGCAAGGGGCGCAGCUUUUGUCUCUGCGCUCUGCAAAUGCUGCCUCGGCGCCGCCAUCUGGGACCUGGGUCCUUUGUGCUUUGAAGAAGUAGCUGUUUGUGGGAUCAUGGACUCUCUCGGUGGUGAUGAUUUGGAAAUUAAGAACAAGGGAGACCACAGCAAAAUACACACAGUGGAGAGACAAUCAAAAUAUUCAGAGGGUGGAGAGAAUUUCAGUCAGAGAUCCCAUUCCAUUUCCAGUCAUGGAAAUCCUAUUGGGAAGAAACCUUUCCAGUGCUUGGAAUGUGGAAAGAGCUUCAUUCGAAACUCCCAUCUCACUUCCCAUCAAAGAAUUCAUACUGGGGAGAAACCUUAUCAGUGCUCGGAAUGUGGAAAGAGCUUCAGUCAGAAGGAAAAUCUCACUUCCCAUCAAAGAAUUCAUACUGGGGAGAAACCCUAUCAUUGUCUGGAAUGUGGGAAGAGCUUUAAUACAAGCACAAGCUUCCAUAGACAUCAAAAUAUUCACCGUGGGGAGAAACCCUACACGUGCUUGGAAUGUGGAAAGAGCUUCAGUCAGAACACUCACCUCACUUCCCAUCGGAGAAUUCACAGUGGGGAGGAACCAUAUCAGUGCUUAGAAUGUGGAAAGAGCUUCACCUGGAAGGAAAGUUUCAUUUCCCAUCAAAUAAUUCAUACAGGGGAUAAACCGUAUCAGUGCUUGGAAUGUGGAAAGAGCUUUAAUACAAGCAAAACCUUUCGUCAACAUCAAAGUAUUCAUUGUGGGGAGAAACCAUUUCGGUGUGAAGAGUGUGGAAAGAUUUUUAGACGAAAGGAAAAUCUCACUUCCCAUCAAAGAAUUCAUACAGGGGAGAAACCAUAUCAGUGCUUUGAAUGUGGAAGAAGCUUCACCCAGAAGGAAAGUCUCAAUUCCCAUCAAAUAAUUCAUACAGGGGAGAAACCCUAUCUGUGCUUGGAAUGUGGAAAGAGCUUCAACCAGAGGGCCAAUCUCAUGGCUCACCAAAGAAUCCAUACAGGGGAGAAACCCUAUCACUGCUCAGAAUGUGGCAAGAGCUUCAGUAAGAGGGCCAAUCUUACGGCCCAUCAAAGAGUUCAUACAGGAGAGAAACCAUAUCAGUGCUCGGAAUGUGGAAAGAGCUUCAGUGACUGCUCGGAUCUCACUAAGCAUCAGAGAAUUCAUACAGGGGAGAAACCCUAUCAGUGCAUGGAAUGUGGAAAGAGCUUCAGUCAGGGCUCCUCUCUCACUAGGCAUCAGAGAAUUCAUACAGGGGAGAAACCCUAUCAGUGCGUGGAAUGUGGAAAGAGCUUCAGUAGGAGCACCGAUCUCACUUCCCAUCAGAGAAUUCAUACAGGGGAGAAACCCUAUCAGUUUGCGGAAUGUGGAAAGAGCUUCAGUAAGAGCUCCAAACUCACUUCCCAUCAAAGAAUUCAUACUGGGGAGAAACCCUAUCAGUGUGUGGAAUGUGGAAAGAGCUUCACUUAUAGCUCCAAACUCACUUCGCAUCAAAGAAUUCAUACUGGGGAGAAACCCUAUCAGUGUGUGGAAUGUGGGAAAGACUUCAGGAAGAGCUCCUCUCUCACUUCCCAUCAAAGAAUUCAUACUGGGGAGAAACCCUAUCAGUGUGUGGAAUGUGGAAAGAGCUUCACUGAAAGCUCCACUCUCACUUCGCAUCAAAGAAUUCAUACUGGGGAGAAACCCUAUCAGUGUGUGGAAUGUGGAAAGAGCUUCGCUCAUAGCUCCAAACUCACUUCCCAUCAAAGAAUUCAUACUGGGGAGAAACCCUAUCAGUGUGUGGAAUGUGGAAAGAGCUACAGUAAGAGUUCCUAUCUCACUUCGCAUCAAAGAAUUCAUACAGGGGAGAAACCCUAUCAGUGUGUGGAAUGUGGAAAGAGCUUCAGUCAGAGCGCCAGUCUCACUUCCCAUCAAAGAAUUCAUACUGGGGAGAAACCCUAUCAGUGUGUGGAAUGUGGAAAGAGCUUCAGUAAGAGUUCCUAUCUCACUUCCCAUCAAAGAAUUCAUACAGGGGAGAAACCCUAUCAGUGUGUGGAAUGUGGAAAGAGCUUCAGUCACAGCUCCUCUCUCACUUCCCAUCAAAGAAUUCAUACAGGGGAGAAACCCUAUCAGUGUGUGGAAUGUGGAAAGAACUUUCGUCACAGCCACAAUCUCACUUUGCAUCAAAGAAUUCAUACAGGGCAGAAACCCUAUCAGUGUGUGGAAUGUGGAAAGAGCUUCAGGAAGAGGUCCUCUAUCACUUCCCAUCAAAGAAUUCAUACUGGGGAGAAACCCUAUCAGUGUGUGGAAUGUGGAAAGAGCUUCACUGAAAGCUCCUCUCUCACUUCCCAUCAAAGAAUUCAUACAGGGGAGAAACCCUAUCAGUGUGUGGAAUGUGGAAAGAGCUUCAGUCAGAGCGCCAGUCUCACUUCCCAUCAAAGAAUUCAUACUGGGGAGAAACCCUAUCAGUGUGUGGAAUGUGGAAAGAGCUUCAGUAAGAGUUCCUAUCUCACUUCCCAUCAAAGAAUUCAUACAGGGGAGAAACCCUAUCAGUGUGUGGAAUGUGGAAAGAGCUUCAGUCACAGCUCCUCUCUCACUUCCCAUCAAAGAAUUCAUACAGGGGAGAAACCCUAUCAGUGUGUGGAAUGUGGAAAGAACUUUCGUCACAGCCACAAUCUCACUUUGCAUCAAAGAAUUCAUACAGGGCAGAAACCCUAUCAGUGUGUGGAAUGUGGAAAGAGCUUCAGGAAGAGGUCCUCUCUCACUUCCCAUCAAAGAAUUCAUACAGGGGAGAAACCCUAUCAGUGUGUGGAAUGUGGAAAGAACUUUCGUCACAGCCACAAUCUCACUUCCCAUCAAAGAAUUCAUACAGGGCAGAAACCCUAUCAGUGUGUGGAAUGUGGAAAGAGCUUCAGGAAUAGGUCAUCUCUCACUUCCCAUCAAAGAAUUCAUACUGGGGAGAAACCCUAUCAGUGUGUGGAAUGUGGAAAGAGCUUCACUGAAAGCUCCUCUCUCACUUCCCAUCAAAGAAUUCAUACAGGGCAGAAACCCUAUCAGUGUGUGGAAUGUGGAAAGAGCUUCAGUCAGAGCUCUGAUCUCACUUCCCAUCAAAGAAUUCAUACAGGGGAGAAACCCCUAUUCAGUAAACCCUAUCAGUGUGUGGAAUGUGGAAAUAGCUUCAGUCAGAGCUCCCAUCUCACUUCCCAUCAGAGAAUUCAUACAGGGGAGAAACCCUAUCAGUGUGUGGAAUGUGGAAAGAGCUUCAGUACGAGCUCGGAGCUCACUAAGCAUCAGAGAAUUCAUUCAGGGGAGAAACCCUAUCAGUGUGUGGAAUGUGGAAAGAGCUUCAGUCACAGCCACAAUCUCACUUCCCAUCAAAGAAUUCAUACAGGGCAGAAACCCUAUCAGUGGGAGAACCCCUAUCAGUGUGUGGAAUGUGGAAAGAGCUUCAGUACGAGCUCGGAUCUCACUAAGCAUCAGAGAAUUCAUUCAGGGGAGAAACCCUAUCAGUGUGUGGAAUGUGGAAAGAGCUUCAGUCACAGGUACAGUCUCACUUUCCAUCAGAGAAUUCAUACAGGGGAGAAACCCUAUCAGUGUGUGGAAUGUGGAAAGAGCUUCAGUAGGAGCACCGAACUCACUUCCCAUCAAAGAAUUCAUACAGGGGAGAAACCCUAUCAGUGUGUGGAAUGUGGAAAGAGCUUCAGUCACAGCUCCAAACUCACUUCCCAUCAAAUAAUUCAUACUGGGGAGAAACCCUAUCAGUGUGUGGAAUGUGGAAAGAGCUUCAGUCACGGCUCCUCUCUCACUAGGCAUCAGAGAAUUCAUACAGGGGAGAAACCCUAUCAGUGCGUGGAAUGUGGAAAGAGCUUCAGUAGGAGCACCAAUCUCACUUCCCAUCAGAGAAUUCAUACAGGGGAGAAACCCUAUCAGUGUGUGGAAUGUGGAAAGAGCUUCAGUCACGGCUCCCAUCUCACUAGGCAUCAGAGAAUUCAUACAGGGGAGAAACCCUAUCAGUGCGUGGAAUGUGGAAAGAGCUUCAGUAGGAGCACCAAUCUCACUUCCCAUCAGAGAAUUCAUACAGGGGAGAAACCCUAUCAGUUUGCGGAAUGUGGAAAGAGCUUCAGUAAGAGCUCCAAACUCACUUCCCAUCAAAGAAUUCAUACUGGGGAGAAACCCUAUCAGUGUGUGGAAUGUGGAAAGAGCUUCACUUAUAGCUCCAAACUCACUUCGCAUCAAAGAAUUCAUACUGGGGAGAAACCCUAUCAGUGUGUGGAAUGUGGAAAGAGCUUCAGUCAGAGCUCCGAUCUCACUUCCCAUCAAAGAAUUCAUACAGGGGAGAAACCCUAUCAGUGUGUGGAAUGUGGAAAGAGCUUCAGGAAGAGCUCCUCUCUCACUUCCCAUCAAAGAAUUCAUACUGGGGAGAAACCCUAUCAGUGUGUGGAAUGUGGAAAGAGCUUCACUGAAAGCUCCACUCUCACUUCGCAUCAAAGAAUUCAUACUGGGGAGAAACCCUAUCAGUGUGUGGAAUGUGGAAAGAGCUUCAGUACGAGCUCGGAGCUCACUAAGCAUCAGAGAAUUCAUACUGGGGAGAAACCCUAUCAGUGUGUGGAAUGUGGAAAGAGCUUCAGUAAGAGUUCCUAUCUCACUUCGCAUCAAAGAAUUCAUACAGGGGAGAAACCCUAUCAGUGUGUGGAAUGUGGAAAGAGCUUCACUGAAAGCUCCUCUCUCACUUCCCAUCAAAGAAUUCAUACAGGGGAGAAACCCUAUCAGUGUGUGGAAUGUGGAAAGAGCUUCAGGAAGAGGUCCUCUCUCACUUCCCAUCAAAGAAUUCAUACUGGGGAGAAACCCUAUCAGUGUGUGGAAUGUGGAAAGAGCUUCACUGAAAGCUCCUCUCUCACUUCCCAUCAAAGAAUUCAUACAGGGCAGAAACCCUAUCAGUGUGUGGAAUGUGGAAAGAGCUUCAGUCAGAGCUCUGAACUCACUUCCCAUCAAAGAAUUCAUACAGGGGAGAAACCCUAUCAGUGUGUGGAAUGUGGAAAUAGCUUCAGUCAGAGCUCCCAUCUCACUUCCCAUCAGAGAAUUCAUACAGGGGAGAAACCCUAUCAGUGUGUGGAAUGUGGAAAGAGCUUCAGUACGAGCUCGGAGCUCACUAAGCAUCAGAGAAUUCAUUCAGGGGAGAAACCCUAUCAGUGUGUGGAAUGUGGAAAGAGCUUCAGUCACAGCCACAAUCUCACUUCCCAUCAAAGAAUUCAUACAGGGCAGAAACCCUAUCAGUGUGUGGAAUGUGGAAAGAGCUUCAGUCAGAGCUCUGAACUCACUUCCCAUCAAAGAAUUCAUACAGGGGAGAAACCCUAUCAGUGUGUGGAAUGUGGAAAGAGCUUCAGUCAGAGCUCCCAUCUCACUUCCCAUCAGAGAAUUCAUACAGGGGAGAAACCCUAUCAGUGUGUGGAAUGUGGAAAGAGCUUCAGUACGAGCUCGGAGCUCACUAAGCAUCAGAGAAUUCAUUCAGGGGAGAAACCCUAUCAGUGUGUGGAAUGUGGAAAGAGCUUCAGUCACAGCCACAAUCUCACUUCCCAUCAAAGAAUUCAUACAGGGCAGAAACCCUAUCAGUGUGUGGAAUGUGGAAAGAGCUUCAGUCAGAGCUCCCAUCUCACUUCCCAUCAGAGAAUUCAUACAGGGGAGAAACCCUAUCAGUGUGUGGAAUGUGGAAAGAGCUUCAGUACGAGCUCGGAGCUCACUAAGCAUCAGAGAAUUCAUUCAGGGGAGAAACCCUAUCAGUGUGUGGAAUGUGGAAAGAGCUUCAGUCACAGCCACAAUCUCACUUCCCAUCAAAGAAUUCAUACAGGGCAGAAACCCUAUCAGUGUGUGGAAUGUGGAAAGAGCUUCAGUCAGAGCUCUGAACUCACUUCCCAUCAAAGAAUUCAUACAGGGGAGAAACCCUAUCAGUGUGUGGAAUGUGGAAAGAGCUUCAGUCAGAGCUCCCAUCUCACUUCCCAUCAGAGAAUUCAUACAGGGGAGAAACCCUAUCAGUGUGUGGAAUGUGGAAAGAGCUUCAGUACGAGCUCGGAGCUCACUAAGCAUCAGAGAAUUCAUUCAGGGGAGAAACCCUAUCAGUGUGUGGAAUGUGGAAAGAGCUUCAGUCACAGCCACAAUCUCACUUCCCAUCAAAGAAUUCAUACAGGGCAGAAACCCUAUCAGUGUGUGGAAUGUGGAAAGAGCUUCAGUCAGAGCUCCCAUCUCACUUCCCAUCAGAGAAUUCAUACAGGGGAGAAACCCUAUCAGUGUGUGGAAUGUGGAAAGAGCUUCAGUCACAGGUACAGUCUCACUUUCCAUCAGAGAAUUCAUACAGGGGAGAAACCCUAUCAGUGUGUGGAAUGUGGAAAGAGCUUCAGUAGGAGCACCGAACUCACUUCCCAUCAAAGAAUUCAUACAGGGGAGAAACCCUAUCAGUGUGUGGAAUGUGGAAAGAGCUUCAGUCACAGCGCCAAUCUCACUUCCCAUCAAAGAAUUCAUACAGGGGAGAAACCCUAUCAGUGUGUGGAAUGUGGAAAAAGCUUCAGUACGAACUCCAAUCUCACUUCCCAUCACAGAAUUCAUACAGGGGAGAAACCCUAUCAGUGUGUGGAAUGUGGAAAAAGCUUCAGGCAGAGCGCCAAUCUCACUUUCCAUCAAAAAAUUCAUACAGGGCAGAAACCCUAUCAGUGUGUGGAAUGUGGAAAAAGCUUCAGGCAGAGCGCCAAUCUCACUUUCCAUCAAAAAAUUCAUACAGGUGAGAAACUCUAUCAGUGUGUGGAAUGUGGAAAGAGCUUCAGUCAGAGCUCCGCUCUCACUUCCCAUCAAAGAAUUCAUACAGGGGAGAAACCCUAUCAGUGUGUGGAAUGUGGAAAGAGCUUCAGUCAGAGCUCCUCUCUCACUUCCCAUCACAGAAUUCAUACAGGGGAGAAACCCUAUCAGUGUGUGGAAUGUGGAAAGAGCUUCAGUAAGAGCUCCCAUCUCACUUCCCAUCAAAGAAUUCAUACAGGGGAGAAACCCUAUCAGUGUGUGGAAUGUGGAAAAAGCUUCAGUACGAGCUCGGAUCUCACUUUCCAUCAAAAAAUUCAUACAGGGGAGAAACCCUAUCAGUGUGUGGAAUGUGGAAAAAGCUUCAGGCAGAGCACUGAUCUCACUUCCCAUCAAAGAAUUCAUACAGGGGAGAAACCCUAUCAGUGUGUGGAAUGUGGAAAGAGCUUCAGGAAGAGCUCCAAUCUCACUUCCCAUCAAAGAAUUCAUACAGGGGAGAAACUCUAUCAGUGUGUGGAAUGUGGAAAGAGCUUCACUCAUAGCUCCUCUCUCACUUACCAUAGAAUAAUUCAUACAGGGCAGAAACCCUAUCAGUGUGUGGAAUGUGGAAAAAGCUUCAGGCAGAGCACUGAUCUCACUUCCCAUCAAAGAAUUCAUACAGGGGAGAAACCCUAUCAGUGUGUGGAAUGUGGAAAGAGCUUCAGUAAGAGCUCCCAUCUCACUUCCCAUCAAAGAAUUCAUACAGGGGAGAAACCCUAUCAGUGUAUGGAAUGUGGAAAGAGCUUCAGUCAGAGCUCCAAUCUCACUUCCCAUCAAAAAAUUCAUACAGGGGAGAAACCCUAUCAGUGUGCAGAAUGUGGAAAGAGCUUCACUAGAUUCACUCAUAGCUCCUCUCUCAGUUCCCAUCACAGAAUUCAUACAGGGGAGAAACCGUAUCAGUGUGUGGAAUGUGGAAAAAGCUUCAGGCAGAGCGCCAAUCUCACUUCCCAUCAAAGAAUUCAUACAGGGGAGAAACCCUAUCAGUGUGUGGAAUGUGGAAAGAGCUUCAGUACGAACUCCAAUCUCAGUUCCCAUCACAGAAUUCAUACAGGGGAGAAACCCUAUCAGUGUGUGGAAUGUGGAAAAAGCUUCAGGCAUAGCACCAAUCUCACUUUCCAUCAAAGAAUCCAUACAGGGGAGAAACCCUAUCAGUGUGUGGAAUGUGGAAAGAGCUUCACUCAAAGCUCCUCUCUCACUUCCCAUCAAAGAAUUCAUACAGGGGAGAAACCCUAUCAGUGUGUGGAAUGUGGAAAGAGCUUCACUAAUAGCUCCUCUCUCACUUUCCAUCAAAGAAUUCAUACAGGUGAGAAACUCUAUCAGUGUGUGGAAUGUGGAAAGAGCUUCACUUAUAGCUCCUCUCUCACUUCCCAUCAAAGAAUUCAUACAGGGGAAAAACCCUAUCGGUGUGUGGAAUGUGGAAAAAGCUUCAGUCAGAGCGCCAAUCUCACUUUCCAUAAAAAAAUUCAUACAGGGGAGAAACCCUAUCAGUGUGUGGAAUGUGGAAAGAGCUUCAGUCAGAGCUCCGAUCUCACUUCCCAUCACAGAAUUCAUACAGGGGAGAAACCCUAUAAGUGUAUGGAAUGUGGAAAGAGCUUCAGGAAGAGCUCCAAUCUCACUUCCCAUCACAGAAUUCAUACAGGGGAGAAACCCUAUAAGUGUAUGGAAUGUGGAAAAAGCUUCAGUCAGAGCACCAAUCUCACUUUCCAUCAAAAAAUUCAUACAGGGGAGAAACCGUAUCAGUGUGUGGAAUGUGAAAAGAGCUUCAGUACAAGCUCCUCUCUCAAUUCCCAUCAAAGAAUUCAUACAGGGGAGAAACCCUAUCAGUGUGCAGAAUGUGGAAAGAGCUUCACUGUUACCUCUAAACUCACUUCCCAUCAAAGAAUCCAUACAAAGAUUGGAAAAAACAUUAUACAGCUUUAGGAGCCUGGCAAAUCCACACCGUUUUAACCAGGCCUUUUUCUUAAUGACAUCUAAUGCUAUUUUAACAUGUGAUGUUUUGUGUUUUUAUGUUGUGUUUUUAUGUUCUAAGCCUCCUGAGACCUGUGGGGUAGGGAAUACAGCCACUCUUAAAUUCCUAGGGGUCUUUGCGCCCCCCAUAAAAUAUUUGAGGAGGCCACCCCCCAGGUUUUCUUUGUGUGUUUUUUUCAAAUGCAACCUUUUUUUCUUUCGCAACUUGCCAUACAAUUUCGCUUUCAAUUUUCCCUUUUAAGAAAUUUUAAAAACCGCACAAAGGUCAUGAGAAAAACAAAAUACAAACGUGGACAGGUCCAAUCUUUGUGGGCCAAACACCAAAGUUGCUUUAAAGGAGGGUUUCCCAAACUUGGGUCCCAAGCAGCUCCCGGGACUACAGUUUCCAUCAUCCCUCCCCAUUGGUCCUGCUAGCGAGGGAUGAUGGGAGUUGUAGUCCAAAAACAGCUGGAGACCCAUGUUUGCUUUAAAGGGAAAGUAGGCUGGCCCUGUGACACCCUCUGCUGG